GGCGGAAACGGCAACCGGCAACACCUGCAUCGUCACUCUCGGGCCCAGGAGCAGUCGUCUCACCGCCAGCGAUCCUCUCGGCCCCGUCGAUUCCGCCGCGCGAUCGUACGAUAUUAUAUCGCCGUGCAGGUAGAAUAAUUGUUUUGUACUCGACAAUCGUAUAUUAUUAUUAUGUUGUAUUCGUAAAGUCCACUGAAAACCGUGUGCUACGUGGUCGCCGCACGCGCAUAAUCAUAUAAUCAUAAUAACAAUAACGAUAACAAUAAUACAUCGGCUAUAAUAUUAUAAUAUUGUAUUGUUGUCCUUAAACGCUGCUCGGGUGAUACGUCAAGACAGAGAGCUGACCUGCAGACCAGUAUCGGCCGCCACGAAUAUUGUUAUCAUUAUACUGCUGUAUUUCGCACACCUCGACGUCUCCUCGGCGGCCUGUAGGAUUACAGCAAAGGCAGUGGUCUCACACAUCAUUGAGCUACUUAUAUCGAUAUCGAUAUUCUAGCACGUGUCCAAUAUCGAGAUUUUACCGAGCACAAAACAAUAAUAAUAUUAUUAUUAUUAUUCAAUAACAUUCGACCGUUCGUCGCUUACGCAUCGUAGCCGGAAGAUGAUGCAUGCCAAUCGGCAGUGGCCCUUCCAGAGAUCCGGAAGUAACGGAAACGGUAUCGUGUACGGGGUUGACUACAACCACGACGACGGAGGAGGUGCCGAUGAAGAUGACGAUGUCGCGGCCGAGGAGUUUGGCGAUUUCGGUGGCGAUCCGACCGCGUCCGGCAGACGGUACUUGACUGUACAGCCAAAACAGUGGUGCACGUCGUACGUGGCCGCCAACCGACAACACUACAUACAUUCUACUGCAGAGUCGGCGGUAAACCACAACGGUGGAAUUGGACUAGAGAACGAUGUAUACGGUGGCAGAUCAACAGCCGAUUACUUCCGUUCAAAAACAAUGCCCAGAAGAACCGGAACGGCAACCGUGAUGGACGACUACGAUUACGGUAACGACGGCGAAGGGAAUGGCACGGCGGUCGGUGGUGGCCACCGACAGUGGCCAGCGUCGUCGGCGGACAUCGUCGAGUACGAUUCGUCGGCGGUCGCAGACACGCCGACGCCGCAGCAACAGCAACAAUUUCUACUACCUCAUAACCAGCCACAGCAACACCACCACCACCUGCAGCAGCAGCAGCAGCACAAGCCCGGCGCCGCGGUGUCUGCGUACGACCCGAACUCCGCGGCCGGCCAUCGUACCGCCCACGUCGACCACAACUUAUCGGCCGGCGGGCCCAAGUCCACGGCCAAGUGGAAGACACGCGCCCUGUACGUGUUUCUCGCUUGUCUGCUGGCCGUCGUCGUCGUCAACCUGACGCUCACUCUCUGGUUCAUCCGGGUCACUCAGUUCACGUCGGAGGGCAUGGGAUCUAUGAAGAUCACACACGGCGGCCUCCGGUUAUCCGGCCGGACAUUGGUCACCAACCGGCUGGUGGCGUCGGCGAUACGCUCUCGGGCCGGACGUCCGCUUCUCAUCGAGUCCACUGCUAACGUCACGCUGAAUGCUCGAAAUUCACAAGGACGUCUGGUGAACAGUCUCAAAUUAACUAAAGAUGGUUUGGAGUGUGCACAAGCGAGUGUGUUCAGAGUGACCGAUACACGUGGCGAGACACUGUUCUCUGCUGACCGGAGUAAGGUGAUAGUCGGCGCGCAAGAACUUCGAGUCACGGGUUCUGGUGGCGCCGUGUUUCAAGGCAGUGUCCAAACGCCUAUGGUUCGAGCUGAUUCUCGACACGACUUAAGGUUGGAGUCAGCGUCACGUAGACUAGAGCUGAGUGGUCCCCAAGGAGUGACUAUCGAGUCCAGGGCCGGUGACAUAACCGUAUCGUGUCUGAUGGACGUCAAGCUGCAGUCGAUAGCAGGAGCGAUACAAAUCGACGCGGCCAAGGUGUUCCUCAAGGGUCUGAAGACAGUCAAGACUACGUCUGCGGCCAACACGGCAGCGGCUGCGGCGUCUGCGGACGGGGACGACGGUGGAGGUGGCAAGCAGAAUUCCAUCGGCGGCUCGAAAAGGAGAGGCGCAGAGGACAAGUUGCCCAGCGUGUACCAGCUGUGCGUGUGCGGUAACGGCAAGGUGUUCAUGUCGCCGCCGGACGGUCAGUGCGCGGCCGACAACGAAAGCCUGGUAUGCCGGUGAACGGCCGGUACGUACCGCGGAUACCAAUGCAAUACCGCGGUCGCGGUUUCGGUCCGAGUCGUGCGCGACAGGCAAGUCGUCAACCGCACCUAUUAUAAUAAUAUUAUCAUAAUUGAUAAGCGUAAUAUUAUUAUUAUUAUUCUGAUAUUAAUGUAAUUUAUAGUAGUUAUGAUUAUAAUAUUAUUUUACGUCAUUAUUAAGUUUUUAUUCCAAUACAUUAUUCUAUUGAUGCGAUUCCCGCGUUCGUUCGUAUAUAAAUGAUAAUAAUUACGUCAUCGUUAUUAAGUGUAGAACAAUAUUGUUAUAGUCUCCAUCUGUUUCGUAUUUUUUAACCAUUAAUAAUUAUUUGUUUUUUUUCCACUGGAACGUACCUCUUAUAGUAAUAUAUUAUCGUAUUUUAAUAAAAACGAUCUAUCUGUAUCCGCUUCGUAUAAUACAUAGGCCCAAAUGUUAAACGCGUAGGAUAAUAAAAUGACAAAAAAUAAUUCGAUUGAAUUCGACAUAUUAUUAUAUACCAAAUAUUUUAGAGACAAUAUAGUGCCACGUUGCUCGUCUGGACUCCAGCCGAAACCUAACGUCGAUUGAUUGUACAUGUUCUACCUAUUAUAAAAUAAUUAUCUACUACUCAACUUUUGCAAAAGCUAUACUAUAUUAUUAUAUGCUUUUAUAUAGAUUUAAUAAUUAAUAAUUAUAUAUUUUGUUUUUAUUUUUCAUGACGGCAGAAGACAUAAUAUUUUAAACACUAAAUACCUCGUCAAAAACCAAAGUGAAAAAAACUUAAGUAGCUUAAUAUUUAUGUUUCUAUUACUAUUAUAUUAUUACGACAGGCAAAUAAAUACUUUCACAGUUACUAUUAUAUCAUUAUAAUAUAAUAUUAAAAUAUCACGAUCAACCAAAUAAUUAUAAUCUCGCUUUUGCACCGAUUUACUGGAGGUUUAAAUAUUAUUACUAUUUAUUAUUGCAUAAUAUCGUGUAUAUAUAAUAUAUAUUUAUAUAUUAUUGUCAUAAUCGUCAAACUCGCUAUAUAUAUCUACGUCAUAUGUUUCUCAUGAGUUUGUUGUUCUUUUCCUGACGACUGGUAAUUAUUUAUAUCGUAACUUUAAUAUAGAAUUAUAAUACAGUAGUCACUAGUAUCCGCUUAUUGGAUUCAUGGUUAAUUGACUCAUUCGCCUAUUGGAUUCAAAAAGACUGGUUUCAAUUCAGUUUUAUCGUAGGUACAAGUAUAUAUUUUGACGAUUAAUAUUAUUUCCUAAAACCAUCACACUAAAAAGUAUUCUUGAAGUCAAUACCUAAAAAAAAAAACCUUUUUGAAAAAAAAAAGAUUUUCUUUCAUUCAUGACAACAUUAUAGAAAUCUUUUUAAUCUUGGGCAUUUCAUAUUGACGAGUCGUUCGAUUAAUGGAAUCCCGUUGAUUAAUUAAUCACAUCACAUCACAUGCUCUGGUACAAAAGUGAGUUCAAUAAGUGGCGACUUCUGUAUAAAAAUAAUAAUAUAUGACGUGAUAUAAUUGUUGUUUUGACUUAAAUAUUAUGUUUUCUUUCCAUCUCGGCCGUCACCGUCAUACGAUAAUUGUAUUGUAGGGCUUUUAUUUGAAUAGUUAUUAUAAUUGUACGGUUAUAGUUUAAUUGAUACUAGACACUUGGAGUUUUACACCACCCGUCUAUAAAUUAUAAAUGUCGUCAUGUAUUUGGGCAGUUUGCAAAUAUUAUUAUUAUUAUAUUGUUAAUACUUAAUAUCCGUCAUUUGUAUAUAACAAUUAUUUUAUCUGUAUAAUUAUUAACCAAUUUGUGACAUGUUCCCGAAAUGUUAUACCUAUAAAAAUAUUAUUAUUGUUCACGAGAAUUAUUGACGCUCGUGCGUAUUGUUUUGCGCUGUGUAGAUAUAAAAGGUAUAAAAUAUUAUAUAGGUAAUAUACGCAUUAUACUCAUUUUGUGUUGUAUGUGUUUAUAAGACAAGAGAAUAAAUCGAUUGAGGUUAUUAACUA